UCUUAUAUUAUUAUUACAAUCCAUGGACCUUAUCCAAGGCAUAUAAAUAACAAUAACACAAGAGGCCACCUUACUACUAAUAAAGAGAAAACCAGCCCAGUUACAGGUUAGGUCACUUACUUCCGAGAAAACAUUUAUCGGGUAAGUAGGUAUGUGGGUUUCCUCACGAUGUUUUUCCUUCAUCCACCAUACAUGUUAAUCAUAGUAGAUAAAGUUUUUUUCGGUAGUAUACCAACUUACAUAUUUGUAACCUAUACAUUUUUGAUUGGUCGAUAAUAAAGCCCACAAAGUAUAUAGAGUUACUUGCGAAAAAAAAAAAAAAACAAUGGCAGUAUUGGCAGUUGAAGGUUAAAAUGGCGGUUUGUAUUUCUUUGACAAUUUGUUAUUUGAAUUUGUCAAAGUAUCAUUUUUUGAUGUUGUUUAAACGUGUGUCAUCAUUCCGGUAACAUUUUACGAUGAAAGUUGAAACGUCGAUACGGGACGCGAUUCCGCUUCUUAAAAAAAUACUUAAAAAGCUUUUAUGUAAUAAUAAUUGAUUCAACUUUUCUAGAUGACCAUGGAUGAAAUAGAAAUCCAGGAAAAUAAUCUAUCAUCACAAGUAAUUACGGCUCCUUCAGAUAGCAUAACAGAUAAUGCCGCUCAGCCUCCCCAGUCCUCCUUACUGUGGGAAGAAGAAGCUGCAAAAUUUGUAUGUCAUAUGUGUAAGAAAACAUUCUACAACCGCAAUGCCUUGCAAAAUCACAAAAACAUGUCUCAUGAUGUCAAUGACUCUAGCAGCGAUGGAGAUAUAAAUUGGAGUUCUUCUUUCAAAUUAGAACAGAAUGUAAAUAGCCUGUUUGGUUUCAAAUAUAUACCACUUGUGGCUUCUGGUGAUACAGAAAAGCACACAGAUGAAAAUGGCCUCACAAUAUGUGUAUUUUCUGAAGAUACUUCUUAUCUGAUUGUCAAAGUUGCAGAGGAUGAUGUUGAUAGCAUUGACAAUAUUAAAAAGUCUCACCUUGAUGGCAUAGUCCGAAAAAAUCAAAUGAAGACUGGGAAACUACCUGUCGAUCUCAGGGGUCCAUUUACGUGCACGUUUCCUUCAACGCUACGUCCAGAUUUGCAGUGCCGGAAGAUUUUUUUUAAUUGCUGUGAAUAUUCUCUGCACUAUCGUGAGGAGCACACCAAGCGACGCAAGGCCGCGUUGAGGUGUCAGGUGUGUGAAAAGCGACUCGAUCGAGAUUUUAACGCAAGCGACGCAAUCCCAGCGCAACUACACACUGAAAACAGUUUCACCUUCUCGUGUCGGCUGUGCGGGUUGAAGUUCCCAGACAGCUUCAAGUUCGACGAGCACAACCGUAUCGUCCACGCUAAAAUGAAGCCUCACCAGUGUUCCAUCUGCUUCAAACGGUUCACCCAGCAAGGCGGACUACAACAACAUAUGCGCAUGCACACCGGCAUACGACCAUUUGCCUGUACCUUUUGUACGAAAGCGUUCACUCAGAAGGCGGGGCUCGACCAACAUCUCCGAACUCAUACAAAAGUGAAGCCAUUCAAAUGCGUUAUAUGUAGUAAAUCUUUUUCCCAAUCUGUGCAUUUGCGACAACACAUGCGGACACACACUAACAUCCAGCCCUUUCAAUGUUCCAUUUGCGGGCGGAGGUUUAAGCAGAGUAGUCAUUUGAAUUUCCAUUUGAGGUCGCAUAUGAGCGACGCGAGUUCGCUAGUAGUGGAGACUUAUGCGCACGUCCAGCAGCAGGACCAGAUGGAGUUCCUGAAUCUGGCGAGCCUGCAGCAGGUGCAGCACGGGGAGACGCUCUACUACGCUGCUGAGCUCGCCACGCAACCUAACAAUCUCAACAACCCUUUUGAAUACCCCACAUCACAACCGAAUAUGCCCGAAAAUGGACUGUCACUGUAGCCUUAGUUUUAAAACAUUGUUUAAUUUUUUUGCAUGUGUACCUCUGAUUCAAUUAGCAUUUUAAUGAUACUCGUAAUAAGUUACUUAUUCAUGUUAGUGUUUAGUAAGUACUCCAAACACUUCAAAUCUAAAUAUUUACUGUACUUACCCAGUUACUUAUACUUUAAUCCCUGCGCCGCCUAGAUGGGGUCGACUCCCAGUAUCUCACCAAUCCUUUCCGAAAAUGGAUUGGCGGCAUUGUUGCUGUAGUUUCAAAAUAUUGUUUAUUUUUGCAUGCGCAUG